GAUCAAAGAUGAAGUUAGCUUAGCUUAACUGGAAAACAAGUUUCACAAUGUCAGAAUUGACCUUGAAAAGGUUAAGCAUGUCGAAUGCAUUUACAAACGCUACAGCAAUUAUCAAAUACAAAAAGGAAAUUUGGUUGAGUUAGAAUGGAGGAUAAACAUUAGAAUAAUUCAUCUUAGAGUGAGUCACCUAAAGAUACUUAACACUAUCCUAGGCAGAAUCAGCCAGCAAGAUGUCCCCAAACUCAGGAUUAAACUUGAAGAGUUCAGCCAACUCAAGAGUUCCUAUUUACCUCACUCGCUUUUGGACGUAUCCACCAAUAGAUUUACCAAAUUACCAGGUUAAAUGACAAAAAAGAACUUACAGAACAUAGCAUGAAGAGAACCAUGACAGCUACAGCCAAUCUAGAUUCCCUUGGCUCAUACAUAUCUUGGUAAGACACCUUUUACUUGAGAAGUGUAGCACUUAAAAAAUGUAGCAAUCGGAACUCCCCAGAGUUCCUCCAUGGCACAAGUAACCACCUCUUUAUCACUUACACCAUCCCAAACAUCUCGCUGCAUUUUCCAGCUGAAAUGGAAAUUACAACUGAAAUUACAUUAUACAUCCAAAACAGAUAAAAUGUGAUCCCAGGCAGGCACAUGGCAUAUUCCCCUCUUACAAGUCCAUCACAAGGGGAACAAAAAACCAAUAUAUGCUUUAUCAGGUACCAAGCAACAACUGUGGGCAAGUAGAACACAAGAAAUCAUCACUUACAAAAAGCCAACAGCUGGGAUAGCAAGAACUAGGCAGAACUUGGUCCUGUCUUUUAGUCAUACUUGAAUGGUCAGCAAUCAACAUAAGACCUUCCUCAACAGCCAUCCUUGAUCUCUACAAGUCACAUAGGACGUGCUAACAAUAUAGUAAUAGAAGUACCCUACACUGGUUCGGAAAUUAAGGCUGCCAUGCCCAGGCCUGUAUCCAUGUCGACCAGGUACUUGGCAUUUAGCAGUGUCCAUGUUUCAUAGCUUUGCUGCCAAUCAUGAAAAAAAGGAGUAACAAACCAGCAUUUUUGCUAGCUUCUUCAGCUAUCACUUAUUUAAAUCCAUUCAGUCAACGACACUGAUUAGUUUAUGGCCCUACCCUACUUUUAAACUUUUAAAACACAAUUUCACCUUCAUAUGAACCAUUUUGGACCAAAUUAAAACUUACAACCACCAUCUUAGAAACUAUGUAACAUGGGUACUACUCCAGAGCAGUACCCACACGGUAACGGUACAACAUUGGUGCGGGUGCGGCACGAGUGCGAAUCCGACCAUUUUCGGACUCGAUCAACUUUCACCAAGUCCAAAAUUGUCCAGUUUCAGAUUUUAACAUGUUUUACAUUUUAAUGCUUUUUACAUUUUUUACGUUAAAAUUAUCGAAACCCUUCAAAAUAUUUUCGUCAAUGAUGGUUCUUCACUUCGUCUUCACCGACAGAGACUGAUGACAGCAGGUGAACAGCGAGCGGUGACAGUAGGUGGCGAGCGGCGACGCCAAACGACAAACAGCAAAUGGCAAGCGGCGAAGGAGAUUUCGUUUGUUUUGUGAAGAUCGAGCUUCUUUCUUCGUUUUUCGUUCUUUUGUUUCCUCGUAUGUGUCUUUCUAAUCAUUCAUCCGUUAAUGCAUAAGACUAUAUUUUGUGGUUGUUGUUGUAUUUGAUCCAGCGGCCAAAGAGAGGGACUACUGACCGUGGUGGUGGCUUGCCCUUCUUUGACGAGCGAUAUCCACGCCAGACAACAUCCCAAACAUUGUUGGAAUUUUGCAGAGGGUUUCCUCGACCCUCUGCCUUGAGGAGGAGGGUUUGCAGAGACCCUGUGCCUCGAGACAAGGGUUGACGUUGAGGGUUUCAGGAGUUGAGUUAGAGAGAGAGGACUGAAGUGGGUGAACAUGAUUUGCAUGAUCUUAUUAUGGACCUUACAGAACCUAUUGUUCCUUCUAAUCUUGAUGAUGCGACUGAAGAGAAUCAAGAAAGCUGAUAUAUUUUGUAUGUUAAUUACUUCCAUACUUUGUUUAGUAGUAUGAUAAAUUGAUAAUAUCUAUAAAUUUUGGAUAAUGAUUUAUGAAUAUGUUAUUUUGUUUGUAAUUUUUUGAUAUAUAUAUGUGUGUGAAUAUGUUAUUCUGUUUGUAAUUUUUUGAUAUAUAUGUGUUUGUGUGUACGGUCGUAACCCCGCACCUAUGUCUUUUGAAAAUGGUCAGUACUCGGACCCGGACUAGUACCCAUGUGACAUAGCUUAGAAAGUAACCUUCCAUUUUAAAAGACUUUCAUUGUCUGCAGCAAUACCCAAAGUCAAUUAAAAUCUACAUUAGCCACAAUCUUGCUCUUGAAGAUCUUAUAGAUGAAACAAUCUCACCCCUAAACUUUCGAUUUUCCUGACAGGAAAAAUAUAAGGAUAAUGUCCACAUGGCAUUUAUAAAUUAUAUAGAAGCAUACAAAUAAAAUUACUAGUAAUGCAACAAACUAAAAAAUGACCAUAUCUUUGAAACUAUGCUGAUAUGCCAUUCUCAUCCAAAACAAAUUAGAUAUUUUGUUCUGUUCAGAUUAGCAGAUAAAAAUCAAUGAGGGAAGUAGUCUUUAUUUUGUUUAUUAUGAACACAAAACAGGAAAAGAACUAAUAAUUACAACAAACACAAGCAGCAUAUCAUCUGCACACUUCAUUGGAUUAUGGCAGAAGUAUCACGAACUUGCCCAGGAUGCUGUCCACAAGAUCAUAUGGUCUGACAUUACUGGUUUGAUUUUUAAAGUGCUCAUAACUCCACAGUUUAACCUAUUUUCACUUCGUAGCUAUAUGCGCCUAGCCUUGCCUAGACGCCUAGGAUAGCCAUUACUAGGUGACCUGUAAAAAUGGUCAGGUUCAUCCAUGCACCCAACUGCCUUUACCAAUGUUAUCCGUAUCGUACGAUACGGACGCGUAUCGUACGAUACGUAUCGUCCGUAUCAUCAUUUUCGAUACGGUACACCUAAUCAAUACGAUACGCGUAUGUAUCGUACGCGUAUCGCACGUAUCGUGCGAUACGGUGGGCGUAUCGCACGAUACGUGCGAUACACCCCCGUAUCGCACGAUACGGGAGUAAAAUUAAAAAAGGGGCCGUCGGGCCCCUUUUUUGCUUCUUAUUCUCAAACCGACGCUCCUCUCUCUCUCUCUUCUUGUUUCUCAACGCUGCCAGAGACGUGGGAGGGAGAGAUUUUCUCCAUUGCAUCAAGAUUUGCCGGUGAAGAAGCUUCAUUCCUCGUUGUGGGGAGUCUUGGGACGGUGGGAAGCUUGGAGAAAGAGGGUUUUUUGGUUUUUAACACCAAGAAGGUAAGAAAUAACUCAUUUUUGCCGUUGAAUCGUUCAUUUCUCUUAUUUCCUACAUUUAUUUGUAUGUUUUUACUUGUUUUGUAAAGAUAUAAUGUCGGAUCCUGCAUGGCAGUGGUGUACAAGGGUGAAUCCCAAAAAUAGAUUAAGAGUUAAGUGCAAUUAUUGUAAGCAAAUCAUAUCAGGAGGGAUUUCUCGCUUUAAACACCAUAUAGCUGGUACACACAGCGAUGUGGCUGCCUGCAAUGGCUCCCAAGAGAUCCCAUUGCCAGCGUAUGUAAAGCACCAGUGUCAGCAACUUCUUGAUGCAGUGAAAGCAAGUAGGAUUGAAAAGGACAUGGAAGAUGCGGAGGAAGGAUAUGGGGACCCACAUGAAGGAGAAGAAAGUGAAGGUGAAGAUGUUCAACUUGAACAAGAAGAUGUUGGUGUCAGUUUGGAAACAACUAAAGGGAAAGGUAUCAUGCAUGGUGGUGGUUCUUCUGCAACCAGAAAAAGAAGAGGUGCAAGUGUAAGUUCAGUUUCACGAGGACGUGGCAGAAGUCAGGGUCGUACUGGUGGUGGUAGAGUACCUACUAUGAAGUCGAGCAAUAUGUCUGGUUCGAUCAAGAAUUUUUUUCCCAAUUAUACUGCUGCUGGUGCUCAGCCUGAGAUUCGUAUAGCCAUGCAAUCAAAGGAUAUUAUUGAAGCAGCAGAUGAAACCAUAGGAAGGUGGUUCUAUGAUGCAUCCAUUCCCUUCAAUGCAGCAAACUCUUAUCAUUAUCAGCCUAUAGCAGAUGCGAUUGCUAGUGUAGGGCGAGGAUAUAAAAUGCCCUCUUUUCAUAAAUUGCGAGGUAAAAUUCUCAACAAUAUAGUUAGAGAUGUGAAGACAUAUUGUGAUGAACUAAAAUUGAGCUGGAAAGCUACAGGAUGCAGUGUAAUGGCAGAUGGGUGGACAGACAUCAAGAACAGAACAUUGGUAAACUUCCUUGUAUAUUGCCCUCUUGGUACUAUGUUCUUAAAAUCUGUUGAUUUGUCUGAUACUCCUAAGACUGCUGAUGUGUUGUUUGGGAUUUUUGAUAAAGUUAUAGAAGAAGUUGGGCCUGAAAAUGUCGUACAAUUUAUCACUGAUAAUGCAGCAAAUUAUAAAGCUGCAGGUGAAAUGUUAGCAGCACGAUAUGGGACAUUUUAUUGGAGUCCAUGUGCUGCUCACUGUGUAAAUCUUAUGCUUCAGGAUCUUGGUGAAAGGGAUGAUAUGAAGUUGACAGUUCACAGAUGCCAAGAAAUCACGAAGUUUAUUUACAAUCAUGCUUAUGUCUUGAAUUUGAUGAGGAAAUUCACAAAUGGGGCUGAAUUGAUUCGACCUGCACAAACACGGUUUGCUACAAAUGUUUUGACUGUGCAGGGUAUAGUCAAGCAAAGAACUUCUCUCAGGCAGAUGUUUUCAAGUGAUGAUUGGGCUGCAUAUCCACAUGCCUAUAAAAGAAAGGCUACGACAGUUGUGGAUACCAUCUUCGAUGUUGACUUUUGGGAAUCAUGUGUGCACUUAUUGAAGAUUUGUGUACCUCUAGUGAAAGUCCUCAGAUUAGUUGAUAGUGAAGAUAGACCUUCUAUUGGAUAUUUAUACGAGUCUAUGGAUAGAGCCAAGGAGGCCAUUAGAGAUAAUAUGAAGGGAAAAAAGAAGUUGUACAUGCCUAUAUGGAAGAUUAUAGAUGAAAGGUGGUCUGGACAACUUCAUCGCCCACUUCAUGCAGCAGCCUACUACCUAAAUCCUGCUAUUAGAUAUCUUUCCACUUUUAAGAAGGACAGAGAGGUCGAGUAUGGCAUGUUGGAUUGCAUUGAUGUGUUAGUAAGUGACAGUAAAGAACAAGACGCUAUCCAUAUGUCGAUCAACAAAUAUGAUACGGCUUCUGGUACCAUGGCGAGAGACACAGCAGUUCGAUGCAGGACAACUAUGCGUCCAGAUUUGUGGUGGGAAAGGUUUGGGCCUGAUUGCCCAGAAUUAAGGAAGCUUGCAAUUAGAAUCCUCAGUCAAACAUGUAGUGCAACUGGAUGUGAAAGAAAUUGGAGUGUAUUUCAGCACAUCCAUAGUAAGAAGAGGAAUAGGCUGGAACAUAAAAGGUUGAAUGACCUUGUUUAUGUUCGUUAUAAUAUGAAGUUGAGACAAAGGCAACUAGAAACAACAUCUACGAGGAAGCAUCACAAUCAAUAUGAUCCUAUCUUCAUUGACCAUUUUGAUAUAUUAGAUUCUUGGGUUGAAGAAGAACCAGCUGCAAUACUUGAUGAGGACGAUCUUGAUUUUUUGAAUGUUGAAGGAGCAGCAGAGAUUGUUGAAGAAGGAGAGGCUGGGGGGGAGCAAUGGAAUGUUGGUGACAUUCCAUUUGCAACAGAGGGGAUAGAAGAAGAAGUUAAUGAAGGAAGUGAAGAUGAUGAUGAAGAAUGAAGAUGAUGAUGCAAAUGACGAUUGACGAUGCUUUUUGUUUUGAGUUUUGAAAACUAUGUCAAUAUGUUCUGAGUUUUGACUUCUGAACUUAUGAAUUGUGAUGUAAUUGAAUACUCUUAGGUUGUUUAGUAUGUUAUUUUGUUUUUUGAAUGUUUGAUUUCUUAUUUUGGAAUGUCUUGUUCAUAUGCAUACCUCAUACUUCAUAGUUCAUAUACAUGAAUGAUGAAUGUUCCUUUAAAUACAUUUUUCUUGAAUUUUUCUGAUUUUUACUAGUUUUUUCGGAUUUUUUUAGAUUUUUUCUGAUUUUUUUCUAUUUUUUAUAAAUUUUUAAUAUUUUUUACAAAUUAAAAAAUUAAUUUUACGAUACGUUACGAUACAUUUACGCUACGUUACGAUACAGCGUAUAGGUCGGCCCGACCGAUACACGAUACGAUACGGCAGUGAUAACAUUGGCCUUUACCUUCUUUUCUUUUCUUCCUUACUCUCAGGCAGAUAAUUUUUUUCUUUCUUUUUUCUUCUUCCUCUUCUUUUGCGAUAUAAAACAGUUUUUCUUCUUUCUCCUUUUUUCUUAUUCAAUUUACUGCAGAUUUUCUUCUCCUCGUUCUUUAUGUUGCAUACAAUUUGCAGUAGAUAUAUUUACUUACAUAUGUAUUUAUAAUUAUAGUCACAGUUGUAUACUAUCACACUCUGAAUAUUUCUAUCACAGUUAUAUACUAUUACACUUUGAAUAUGUCUAUGUAUCGAUUGAUAUUUCUAGUACCUUUUUUUCUCGAUUAGAAUAAUAGUGGAAGACACCUUUACAGCAAGCGAAGUUCACAUGGAAGCUUAGAUUAUGUUGAGGAUUUAUGUUUUCUAUUUUUUAAUUAGUUAUCGUUGGCUUUGGUUUAAGUUUUUAGAUGCUAGUUAUUAGAGAUCUAAUAGUUCAUUUUCAGGAAAUAAGAAAAUCUUGCAUGCAUCAAACUUCAAACUAUUGUAAAGCAAUGGCUUGAAUGUAACUUGUUCUUGUUAUGCCAUAUGACCAUUAAAAUCUAAUUGUUGAACUUUGCUAAAAUGCUCUCUCAAACUUUAUCAUCAUGUUGUGAAAUAUUUAAUGUGAGUUCAACUGUACAUUUUAAUAAUGUAACAGAUUGUCACUUAUAAGUAUUUUAUUAAGAAAUGAUUCACUAUUAUUGUUAAGUUUAACAAUUAAUAUUGCAUAUAAUUGGUUUACUUUUAGUUUUUGAAGACAGCCUAAUGCACCCAAUCAUGCUUAGUCCCACCUAGGCUCUAGGCUUAACUCACCACAUAUGAUGCCCUAGCAUCUUUAACAACAUAGAUCCAUAGAGAAACACCUUUAAUCUUCCUUUGUAGAAAGGUUUUUAAGACAAAAACUUGCUUUUUAUUUGUUUUAUAUAUUUUCCUUUCCAAUAGCGACUUAUCAUUUUAAAAGAGAAAUAUGGUUUUUCGUCAAAUUUAUUUAAAAUUGCAGACUUUUCUGAUGAACAAGUUACAUCUUUGGAGAUUUGUGGAGUAUCAACAAAGAAAGACAAGGCUUUCCACCAGAAGAUUUUAUUCACAAAUUUCUCACAAUAAAAGGACAACCAUCCUAUUGAAAUGUACAUCUUAUUUGAAUCAACAACACUGUAAUAGGGGGGUCUAUGAUAGAGAGCACACGUGUUGUACUCAUAAAGUUCAUGCUAGCUGAAAAAAACUACAUAUUUGGGCUACUGCACGCAUAGGAGGACAAUAACACAAAAUGUGUUAACUUCAUUUGUUAGAAAAUGUCAAAGUUUCCAGAAAAGAAUAGGAAUAGAAAGUUGGUAUCAAUACAGGAUAGCAACUGGAAGUGAACAUUUCAAAUGUUUAGAUUCUAGGCAGUGAAAAGUGAAUUUGGUAAUGUCUUGAAAUCCUUUAAUAAGCAAAAAGCCAUGCAAAACACUGAAACAAUAUUCAAGGCUAAUCUAACAAAAAUGACAUGAAAGUAAGUUACACUUAUAAGUUAUAACCAUGAAUAGAUAUUGAGCCCAUGUUUGGAAUCUAAAUCAUUAAUCAACAUCGCAUUCUGCUUCCUACUUUCUAGGAAUCAGCAUUCAUAGGGACUUCUGACAAUUCAGAAGUCAGAACAUACCAUGUUCAAACUUCAAAGUCAAACUUACAAGCGAAAAUUGAGGAACAUGUCAUGACCAAAUAGAAAACUAAAUAUGUAACCAAGGAACAAAUUCAGAAUGUCAUUCAGAAUGACUUGACCAGGGAUGAGACAAAGUAGCAUACCCCAUACAAUCCUAGUAAUAAAAUAUGCACAAAUAAUAGAAACACCUUUUGUGCUGUUGAUUUCUCAUUGAGCUUCCAUACAUCUGAUUCACUGAAAGUAACCAUCUGAAUUAUCCUAAGAAAAAAGGAUCUAGAGAAAACUUAUUACUCAUCACAUCUUUAAGUCUAUAGAUUCCACUGCCUAUAAAUCAUCCUGAAGCUUUCAAGAAUCUGGAAUUCCACAUUAAAGAAAAGCAAAGAAUGGAAAUCACACAAUGCAGGUAGCUAGCUGCCUUUCUUAUUCACCUUGUACAACCAAAACCACUAAUCUCUUUUACAUGGAUGAUUCAUAUGAACACAAAAACAUUCUAUUUACGUUCUUUCCACAACAUAACAUUAAAAACAAAAGAGAAGCGUAGAAUUACAAUCAAACAAUAAAACCACGUCCAUUUAUUCAGAACGAAAGGGACAACAGAAACCCAUGAUCUCCCAAUCGGCAAAAAAUUUAAGCAUCUAACAUACUCAUUUCUACAAAACAAAAAUUAAGAAAGACUCCGAUUAAGAAAUCACACGAACAGAAAAAAGCCAAGAUCUUUUAUGUUUCUGAAUCCUUACAAGUCAACAUUAACCAAGUAAACGCCAUUAUGUCGGUGAUACAAAAGAAACCAACGAACCAGAAAUGUCUAGAACAAAGGAACAGCAAAAGAGAAAUCCCUAUGGAUGAACUCAGAAUACCAGAGCCUUGAAUUGAUCCCCCAAUAAAGUAUCACAAAAAGCUGAAAACAUAUCAUCGUAUUGAUUAUUGGCAUUAAGAAACCGUAAGGGGUAAAGAGAUCGAUCGAAGUCAACCCGUUGCAGGAGCAAAAACAUGAGGGAAAGAAGCCACUCUAACGCAAACAAAAAGGAAACGUUCAGUGGAGAUAGGAUCCCCCAGAUGAAGAAGAAGGAAGCGAAA